AUGAAACCCUCCGCAUUGGGUUGUGAGACAAUGUGUACAGCCUGGCAGCAAGGAAAAGUGCUUGGACAAGUGCUGCAAGCUAAGGCACAUGGAACUAAGGAAAAACCGCAAGCAAAUUCCUUGCUAUUGGGAGAACCAGCCGGGCGGUUGUCAAAAGAAGCAUUGCCCCCUUCAUGCACAAGAAUCCAGAUGCACGCUCCGAUGGAAUUGCACCGAGCCAGCCCACACCUGUUGUCAGCCCAAGUAGGCAUUGAGACAGCCGUCGAAAGUGGGUGCUGGAGUCCCAACCUUACCUCCACAAGCCCCGGCCCCUACACCAUGGUGCUAGAUUCAGCGAUCCUAGGUGUAUUGCCGGGCAGCAGCGAGUUUCCUAGACGUGUGCAUGCGCACGCACACGCGCACACACACACGCAUGCUCACGCGCACGCCCACGACACUACAUACGUGCCCGUUGACCCGCUAGUCGUCAGCUUCGAAGAAGAGUCGGAUAACGAAAGCGCCCCUUCAUGUACCCCGACUAAGGUGACGGAUGACGAAAGAAAAAUAGCUAGGACCAAGUCACAGGAGCUAUUGCUCCUAGAGAAGAUACAGGCUGAGGCAGCGGCCUUCUAUAGCUACGAAACGCUCCCUGACGCGCCCAAGGAGAGGAAAAUAGUGAGGACCAACCUCACCACCAAGUAUGAUAGGGUGUCGCUAGACGAACUAUCAGGCAAACAGGCCACGGAACAAAGGAACUCGUUAGACUUUAAAGUACUGUCGUUAGAGGAAAUUAGGGCUAGGAAGAAAGUUUCAGAGGCUGUGAUACACUCUACACCUAUAACGUUGAAUCUAAGUAGGAAAAGAAAACUGUCCACCCAAGAGACAAUGACUACAUCAGGUAAUAAGAUAAUCAAAGUAGUUAGGAGCAAUUCCAUAGUUUAUAAGAAGCUUGAUAAGAAUGCGCCCGCGCAGACCACACAAGCUAAAGUAGACAAUAAGAAGUGUGAUCAGAAUGACAGCAGAAAGAGAACGCUCUCAGAACAGAGCGAUCUGUACGAAGUAGAAGAUGAAUUAGAAGAUAACUGUUAUGAGUUUAAACGAAUUAAAAUAGCUGAACAGAUACCUAGACCCAAGUUAGUUAGGAAUAGGGGAGCGGUUAAAUGUAUGAGUGACGUCACAGAAACGGAAAACGGAAACGAUGAUUCAGACGGUGAAGUACAGUUUGUGAGUUUAGUGACGGAUUGUAACACAGAUAUAAAUAGUGGUGAGGUGAUUGACGUGGACUCGACCAGGAUGGGUGACCACGUGGAUAUAGUGGAUCUAUGCGAGGAACAAGAUGAUAAUGAGAUUACAGCAUCUGAUAUAGACUUAGUUAAAAACGUACCGGACGUUGUGGCCAGCUGUAGGAGGUCAAUGACCGAUAACACAGACAAAGACAUUAUCACUAGUAUAGAUCAGCUGAUACAUGAUGAAUUAUGA